AUGGAAGUAGAACUUAAACAAACCUCUGAAUGGUCUAAUCUUGAAGAAAAUACUCCAAUCUCUAAGAGCAAUAUAUGGAACGAAACACCUAGAGGCUCGGAAGAUGUUACUCCUCAAGUUUCAACAAAGAAAUCUCGUUGGGAUGAAACACCUACUCAUCCAGAAGCUCAAAUUAGAGCCACACCUGCUGGGAAUUUGGACAUUUCAAUAAUUGCAAAAAGUACAACUAUGGAAAAAGAUCCAAAAGCACGUAAUAAACCUUUAUCAGAUGAAGAGCCUAAUGCAAUGUUUCCUUCAACUGGUUACAAAACUCUGGAACCACUAUCAGGAUAUGUACCGAUCAGAACUUCUGCUUGUAAAUUAAUGGCCACACCAACACCAAUGGUAGGCAAAGAAGAUAAAGAUGAAAGUGAAUUACCUGAAGGAAUGCAAGAUUAUGAGAUUAUUUCUUAA